CACUUCGACUAAACUACUAUCUUGAGUUUUCUAUUUCAGCAUUUAACAAAACUGUGAAAAUGUCAGUUCCUUCACCUGUUGUCUUGGCUAGCGUGCUCAUCUUCUUACUGGCCUUCAACGUGUGCGGUGUUCUUGCUCAAGAUCGUCCGUGUUCCUAUCAUGACAGACCACAUCCCCGUGGUCUGUGUGGCUCUAAUCUUGCGAACACUGUCCAGCUUCUAUGUGAAAGCCGCGGACUGCGGUCUAAAAGAGACGCGGAGAAAGACGGGGAUGACAAGUUUGAUGUGAUGACCUUGACCAAGAAGAGCGCCCUGACCUACCUGGGCAAGAGAGAGUACACCGCCAACAUUGUGUGUGAGUGCUGCUAUAACCGGUGUUCACAAAGCGAAAUGCUGGCAUACUGCUAGAGCACUGAUCUGAUAAAGAUACAUACUUCCUAGUUGACCUGAAAACUUUAUGGCUAUCUUUAGACAACCAGCAUUCUAAAACAUUUUCAGAAAAAACUGAAACGUUCCAUAGUCUCAUACAAAUUCUAACAAGUAAUUUCUAAUUUUUUGAAAAAUAAUGUCCUUACCUAAUGCGUAAAAUAUGUUGAAUAUACGAAGCUAGAAAGUUUUACAUACAAAAUUAUAUAUAUAUAUAUACACGAUUUGAUUAAAAAUUGAUACUUGUUUAAAGUUUGUUGAAUAUAUAGAUUACGCUCUGA